AUGGACGUCACUCCGGUCCCUAGUGUUCGUGUGGCUGUUGUUCAGGCCGAGCCAGUGUACUUCGAUCUCGAAGGCUCUGUUGAGAAGACGAUUAAGCUGAUUAGCGAAGCUGCAAGCAAAAGCGCAAAGCUGGUUGCUUUCCCCGAAGUCUGGAUUCCUGGCUACCCGUCAUGGAUCUGGGCACGCGGUUGUGAUAUUGACCUCGUCCAGAAAUACAUCAAGAGCUCCCUACCUCUGAAGUCCCCGCAGAUGACCAGAAUCUGCGAAGCCGCUGCUCUUCACCAUAUAGAAGUUGUCCUCGGCUACUCCGAACGAGAUGGUGACUCGCUGUACCUAGGGCAGAGUUACAUCGGCUCCGACGGCGCCAUAAAGUGCAGCCGACGAAAGAUCAAGCCCACGCACAUGGAGCGGACCGUCUUUGGUGACGGUAGUGGAAACUCGUUGUUAAAUGUUGUCGAUCGCCCUGGCAUCGGCAGGGUCGGAAUGCUCUGCUGCUGGGAGCAUUCUCAGCCAUUGCUCAAGUACCACACGCACUCCCAGGGCGAGCAAAUUCACGUUGCGGCUUGGCCUGCCCAACUGCCUCACGAGGAAGGAAAAGGCCUGUGGUCCACGGCUAACGAAGGAUCCGUCAAUCUUUCUGUCACCUAUGCCAUCGAGGGUGGGUGUUUCGUUCUGCACACCUCCACCCUCAUUAGCUCUCGCGGCGUCGAUAGUAUGCGAACAGCCGAUGGCGAUCAGUAUUACGCACCGGGUGGUGGUCGGUCCUGCGUCAUCAGACCGGACGGCAAGAUUAUUUCCGAAUUCCUCCCUGACGACCAGGAGGGUUUGGUCAUCACAGAUCUCAAUAUGGAUGAUAUUCUUCGCUCCAAAGCCUAUUUGGACACCCAGGGCCAUUACAGUCGACCCGACCUUCUAUGGCUGAGCCGUAACACCGAGGAGAUGAAGAGAGUUAGACCCUAA